AUGCCAGAAGUCAAAAGUGCGAUACAUGGCGUCAUCGUGAUCGCUACGCUCGAGGAGUACGCAAGCAGGAGGGAUGGCGCUGCAGCACGAAAGCUUUCAGAAUUGGAGGAGUGCAGGAAGGAGAGCGGACCGAUCGGGCUGCGCAACAAGCUGAUCAAGAUCUGGGAUUCGAUGACAGAGAAAGACAACAACGAGUUUCUCCCAGAUGAAGAACCUUGCAAGAUGCACAUGCAGCUCCGGUCUGCAGUGCUCGAGUAUCUUUUCGGACGCUUGAGGACACAGGAAAUGCAGGCUCUUCUCCUGCUGACGCAGCUCAACGUGCUGGCCAACCAAUGGGACGCGCAGGGAGUGAGAGUUCUGCUGGAUCAGAUCGAACGGGACACAUUGAGAGCGCACCCGGGGUUGGAAACCGAAGAUGCAGUGGAGGUUCUGGAUGUAUGCCAAGAGGCUUCUUGCAAGAAGCACGCGAAGCGGAACGCCAAGAUUGACGAACGGAACGAGCUGGUGGUCAGGACGAAGCGAAUUUUAUCUGUCAUGGAGAAGGAUGUCCAACGGCUCAAACCCAAAAACGAGGAUGUAGAAGACUGCUUCGGCCAAUUGGUGGACGUGCUCCACAAAGCCCACAAACCGACGCCCAGAGUGACUUCCGGAGAUGAAGAGUCGACGAAACUGUUGCUUCUGGUGCUGCUCCAAUGGAUGCGCGCGCGCUCACCGAAGGAUGCCCGGGUGCGUGAGCUGGUGCGCGAGCUGCAGAUGGCGGGGACGCGCGCGCUCCGCGAGCCUCUGGAGAUGGCGCUGAACUUUCUGAACAAGCGGGCGGACGUCUACGGGGACGCGAACGCUCGGUCGAUGGUGGACGAGUUCGAGCGCACUUGCGACGCUGAUGCUCUGCACGAGCGCGUCCUGCGCGCGAGCGAGACGGGGACAGGCCACCGCGACUACCGCGCGGCGCGCGAGUUCCUGAUGCGCGCGCACGCGGCCGCGAUGGAGGGGCACUCCGCCUACGACAAGCUGGUGCGCGCGUUUCUCGAGCACGACGCGCUGCACCCCUGCGCGUUCUUCCUCUGCGAGCGGCUCCUGAAGGGCGGCGCCGACGCUGCCAACGUCGCGGCUGCGGAGAUGAACAUGGUCAAGGAGCUGAGGGAGCGGGCGACACAAGGAGACAGGCUGGCAUCAGAACUGGUCGCCAAUUGGACGGUGAAAGACACGGUGAGAUUCGCCGUCAAAGCCACCAGCGGGAGGAAGUAUCAGGAGAUUGGGGGCUCGCGGGGCUGGGAGUUGGGGCGCUUUGGUUUGGAAGGGCGUUUCGGCGGCGAGGAAGAUGACGUGAGCAGUGACGAAGAGGAAACGGGGAGUAACGGUUGGAGGGGCCAUGCGAGAUCCGGACGGAUGCACGAGAGCAGGGGAUGGCUAGCUACGAGCACGGGAGUCAUGAGUCGACACGUGGCACUCAGGGAGAGCAAGUCAGAGGCAGACUCUCUGCGAACAGGGAAUGCGAAGGGGCUCGAGACGCGGGAUAAGGAAACGGUGAGCUCGCAGUCGGCCAUCAGGAAAGGAUUCUUUGACCGCCCGCAGAAGAAGGCUAUAGAGCGCGAGGAGCCCCUUCUCAUGGAACAUUACCAUCCUUUCUCAGCACCCCCUCCGCCAGAAGAAGAGGAAGCCGACGACCCUUUCAAGAGGUUCCAAGAGGAAAGGCGCAACCUGCCGUCAGACGAUGAAGAGUACGAAGACACGGUGUCGGAAUGCAGCGAGGCAGCUGAGACGGCGUCCGUCGACACCGUUUGCUACUUGAUCGAGCUUUGUGAGCAGCCUGUAGAAGCAGAUGUGCCAGCAGAUGCCGAUCCGAAGGAUCAAGAUGCUCAGCUCCAAGGGCAGCAGUUACAGAUGUACGAAGUAGAUUGA